GUCAAAAUGUUUGAGCUUUUUACGAACCAGAAAACCACACUUUAAUCUGUAAAUUGUUUCGCUAAUUAGUCAACUUAAGUGCAUUCAAAUAACGCAAUCAACUCAAACUGUGACAGUUAUUUAUCUAAAGGUGAGAUGGCAGCAUCCGGGUUAGACGAUUUGAAUUUUACAAUGAAAGAGAUAACCGGCACGCGCCAGUCUGUCUCGGGCAGCACAAGUGAUGAGACGUUCACUGCCAGUGUUGUGCCUGAGAGUUCGUCGACUCUUUCCCUAUCAGAGGACAAUAAACUCGUCUGUGUGGAAUAUCCAGGUAUUAUCUCCAAUGUGGACAAGAUGCUGGAAAGUAUUGGGGGUAUACAAGGGAUGUCCAAGACCUAUGCUGACCCCAGCAGACGGUUGGAACUUCGCUUUCGUCCCCAGGACCCGUUCUGUCACCCUGUCUGUGGAAACCGUUACCCCUCCACCAACCUGCUGCUGCGCAUGAAAAGGAGGGUGCGUAAAGGCAACCCCAAGGAAGCCCAAAUCAACAUGGACAUCCUGGGUGUCAUCGGGACAACAUACAAAUUCCAAGGGAUGGCAGACUUCCAGUAUCUUGCAGUGCAUUCAGCAAAGGACGGCUCACACACAUCCCUCUACGAUAAGAUCAUCUUGCGUAAACCAGAGAAUAAUGAGUUCUUUGAGCAGCCUGUGCCCCUCUUCCUUCCUCCACCCAUCUUCUCUCGCCUGGACAGUGCUGUGGACUAUAACUACCGACCUGAAAUCCAACACAAAGAAGGCCAUUGUCCCCCAACAGUCUCCAGGGAUAAUCUUAUUGGUUUGAGUCGAGCCCGUCGGCCUCAUAAUGCCAUCUUCCUCACUUUUAACGACCAGAACAUCCCCACGGAGCCCAUGGAGGCUGCCAAGGUCAACUGGAAGAGAGUGUGUGUUCACCCCAGUGACAUAAAGGCAGAGGAACAACUGAAGGAGAUGUUUGAGAGCCGGCCCAUCUGGUCCGGGUACGCGGUCAAGGCCAACCUGGACCUCCACCCUGAUAAACUGAAGCUGCUGCUCCCUAUCAUGGCCUACUAUAUGGUGACAGGCCCCUGGAGGAGCCUCUGGGUGAGAUUUGGCUACGACCCUUGCAAGACACCAGAGGCCAAGAAAUACCAGGUGCUGGACUUCAGGAUCCGCUGCAGUACCAAGCACGGAUAUACUAUAAAUGACAUGCCAGUGAAGGCCAAGAGGAGCACUUUCAACUAUACCCUGCCAAUCACACUUAACAAAGCAGUGCCCCAGGCUGCUAAUGUGACAGAUUUACCCCCCGAGGGCCCUGCUGGUGGACGUAGUGCUAAUAUAACCAGAUACCAGCUCAAGGAUUCCUCAUACAUAUUCCGAGAUGGGACCCUGCCCCCCCACAGGCAGAUGUUCUACCAGCUCUGUGAUCUGGAUGUGGAGAGCAUAAGGAACGUGAUCAGUCGGAACGAUGGCCAGGAGGAGGAGUGUGACGAGAGGGAUGGCUGGUGUCUGUCCCACACCUCUGAUGACCUCCGAGAUAUCAUGUCCUCUAUGAUCAAGCAGGUUAUCCGUGCCAAGAGGUCAGAUCCACACUCUUCUGGACCUGAGAGUUCUAUUACCAGGCGAAAGACCCCAGAAAGUGGAGAGGAUGAUGAAGAGGAGAAUGAGGAAGAUGAGUUUCAUCCCUCAGAGGGGAGUGACAAUGAGAUGCAGACAGAGAUGCUGGAUUAUAUGUGAGGAUGGACACGGUCUAUCCCUGCCCUGAGAAAUGGACUGGAAUUGUACAAACUUGCUUCGUUCACUAUACAAACGUACAUUUUUGUGUAUUUGCAAAUUAGUGUGAAUAAAUGUGUUUUUAAGUUGA